UAAGUGUAAUAAAACAAUUUUCCGACAGUUUUACGACUGACCUGCCUUCAAUCGAUAUCUUGAACCAUGGUCCUCCUAAUUCUCAGUUGCAAAAUAUUGAAGAAAGUCAGCGACGUCGCCUUACCCAGUUAAUGCGUCAUGAUCGUCAGGUUGAUCAUCUUAGACAACAAAGAGCCAGUGAGGCUGUUGAACGACGUAUGCGAGCAGAAGCCAGGGAGCGCAAAUUCCAGCUUGUCAGAGUUCAAAAAUAUUUUGACGAGUUUGUCCGUGAAUUUCGUCUCAAAAAGCUGGGCAAGAUUAAUGCUGACGAACAGAUAUUUCGACGGUUUUUUCAACAAUUUAUACAACGUCAGAAAGAAUAUCUUUGUGAAAUACGAAAACUGGAACGUGAAGAGCAAUUGGAGAAAAGAGAAGAAAAACGCAAGAUCAUGGAAACGCUAGAACAUGAAUAUCGCAUUCGCUUGGAAUUGUUGAACGAAAACAUAAAAAAGGAACGAGAAGAGCAUUCACUACGCAUGCGUGAGGAGCAAAAGAUACUGAAGAAAAGUAAACGGGACCUACGUCGUCGACUUGAAUUAAAUUUACGUCAGACGCAAGAAGCAUUUCUAAACAAUAAAGAUAGUGCAUAUUUCAGAGAACAAGAAGCAAAAAAGCUUUUGAUGAACAAUGACAACUUAAUGUAA